AUGGGUGAUGAAAAGGACUCUUGGAAGGUGAAAACUUUAGAUGAAAUUCUUCAGGAAAAGAAACGACGGAAGGAACAAGAGGAGAAAGCAGAGAUAAAACGCUUAAAAAACUCUGAUGACCGGGAUUCCAAGCGGGAUUCCCUUGAGGAGGGGGAGCUGAGGGACCACCGCAUGGAGAUAACGAUCAGGAACUCGCCAUACAGAAGAGAGGACUCCAUGGAAGACAGAGGAGAGGAAGAUGAUUCUUUGGCUAUCAAACCACCCCAGCAAAUGUCUCGGAAAGAAAAGGCUCAUCACAGGAAAGAUGAAAAGAGGAAAGAGAAACGUAGGCAUCGUAGCCAUUCAGCAGAAGGGGGGAAGCAUGCUAGGGCAAAGGAAAAAGAGAGAGAACACGAGCGCCGGAAGCGACACCGGGAGGAGCAAGACAAGGCUCGCAGAGAGUGGGAGAGGCAGAAGAGAAGGGAGAUGGCCCGGGAGCAUUCCAGGAGGGAGAGGGACCGCCUUGAGCAGCUGGAGAGGAAGCGGGAGCGAGAACGAAAGAUGCGGGAACAGCAAAAGGAACAGCGGGAACAGAAGGAACGGGAGCGGCGCGCCGAGGAGCGGCGCAAGGAGCGCGAGGCCCGAAGGGAAGUGUCUGCACAUCACCGGACCAUGAGGGAGGACUAUGGCGACAAAGUGAAAGCGAGCCACUGGAGUCGCAGUCCGCUGCGGCCGCCGCGAGAGCGGUUUGAGCUGACAGACGGCCGGAAACCAGGUGAGGGCCCGCGGCGCCUGCCUGGGGGCCAGCUGAAAGAAGAGAAGGUGGAAGAGAGAGACCUGCUGUCCGACCUGCAAGACGUCAGCGACAGCGAGCGCAAAACCAGCUCAGCCGAGUCCUCGUCAGCGGAAUCAGGGUCGGGCUCGGAGGAGGAGGAAGAGGAGGAGGAGGAGGAGGAGGAGGAGGAGGAAGAGGAGGGCAGCAGCAGUGAAGAAUCGGAGGAGGAGGAGGAGGAGGAGGAAGAGGAGACAGGGAGCAACUCCGAGGACGCGUCUGGACAGUCGGCUGAGGAAGUGAGCGAAGACGAAAUGAGUGAGGAUGGGGAGCGCGAGAAUGAGAACCACGUCCUCGUUGUUCCAGAGUCCCGAUUUGACCGAGACUCCGGAGACAGUGAGGAAGGGGAGGAAGAAGCUGGUGAGGGCACUCCACAGAGCAGCGCCUUGACCGAAGGGGACUUCGUGCCCGACUCUCCCGCCUUGUCACCCAUUGAACUCAAACAGGAGCUGCCCAAGUACCUCCCUGCCCUGCAGGGUUGUCGGAGCGUGGAGGAGUUCCAGUGCCUCAACAGGAUUGAAGAAGGCACGUAUGGGGUGGUGUACAGAGCAAAGGACAAGAAAACAGAUGAAAUUGUGGCUCUGAAGCGGCUAAAGAUGGAGAAGGAGAAGGAGGGCUUUCCAAUCACCUCCCUGAGGGAGAUCAACACCAUCCUCAAGGCACAGCACCCCAACAUUGUCACCGUUAGGGAGAUCGUCGUGGGCAGCAACAUGGACAAGAUCUACAUCGUGAUGAACUACGUGGAGCAUGACCUCAAGAGUCUGAUGGAGACCAUGAAGCAGCCUUUCUUGCCAGGGGAGGUGAAGACCCUGAUGAUCCAGUUGCUACGCGGCGUCAAACAUCUGCACGACAACUGGAUCUUGCACCGAGACCUCAAGACGUCCAACCUGCUGCUCAGCCACGCCGGCAUCCUCAAGGUGGGGGACUUCGGGCUGGCGAGGGAGUACGGGUCCCCCCUGAAGGCCUACACCCCAGUCGUCGUGACCCUGUGGUACCGCGCCCCGGAGCUGCUGCUCGGCGCCAAGGAGUACUCCACGGCUGUGGACAUGUGGUCGGUGGGCUGCAUCUUCGGGGAGCUGCUGACCCAGAAGCCGCUGUUCCCCGGGAAGUCGGAGAUCGACCAGAUCAACAAAGUGUUUAAGGACCUAGGGACCCCCAGUGAGAAAAUCUGGCCUGGCUACAAUGACCUCCCUGCGGUCAAGAAGAUGACCUUCACUGAGUACCCCUAUAAUAAUCUCCGCAAACGCUUCGGGGCCCUGCUCUCAGACCAGGGCUUUGACCUCAUGAACAAGUUCCUGACCUACUUCCCCGGGCGGAGGGUCAGUGCGGAGGACGGCCUGAAGCACGAGUAUUUCCGAGAGACCCCCCUCCCCAUUGACCCCUCGAUGUUCCCCACGUGGCCCGCCAAGAGUGAGCAGCAGAGGGUGAAGCGCGGCACGAGUCCACGGCCCCCCGAGGGCGGCCUGGGCUAUAGCCAGCUGGGCGACGACGACCUGAAGGAGACAGGCUUCCACCUCACCACCACAAACCAGGGGGCCUCGGCCGCGGGGCCCGGCUUCAGCCUCAAGUUCUGA